UGUCCCGGCUGUCAGUGCCCCAGGCGCUGGAGUGCUGCAGCAGCCCACCUCCCCCUUGGGCUGCACCACCAUCUAGAGAUGCUUGUUAGGCUUGGCCUUGACAAACAGCGCUUGGGCUCAGCUCUUCUGAGCUUAUCUGAAACACUGACCACUCCCAGGAACUUGUGAUGUCUAACGAGCUCCUGGAACAGCCUUGAAAACUUACUUUUCUUGCUGAAUAGCAACCCAAGUGGAGCAGUAUUUUUGUUCUCAAACUUUCAAAGAAACACACUGGCCUAAAUUGCAGCCAGGACGGGAAAGUGCUGUGGUUAAAGUCCACUGUCUCAUGGCCACAUAAACAGUGGUGCAAAGUGAGAGCCUUUGGGCUCCCCUGGACUGCAGCAGGGUGAGACAGACACGUCCCAUUCAGACCUCUUUCUGAAGGGACGUGUCAGCAAAAGAACUCUCAACGUUGCUGUUCCUGCAGGACCAUCACCAAACCACAGCUACAGAGCCUGGGCUGACAGCCCCACUCCUGGGGGCUCAGCCCUGAGGAGAUGCAAAGAUAUCCCACGUGAGGCCUUCGCUGAAUUCCAGGGAAUUUUCCCAGGUCUGCUUUAGCAUGGAAACCUUGAGAAUUUAUUCACAUCUCCAAUACUUGCACUAGCAAGGGGGAAAUUUUGAUUUGAAUUAAGUUGCAAGUGUGUAAUUGUUAGAAGACUGUCACACAAUGUCAGAUCAGUAAUCCUCCUGGCUCUGGAAGUAACCCCAAGCUUCAAAAGACAGAAUAUGAAGGUGUAGAGGAGGUAGGUGUGAAGGUGUGUGUCAGCCCAAUAGCUAUGGGAAUCUUCCCAAGAUCAUCAAGUGUUCCAGCAGAUCAUGUUGUGAUCAGAUAGACCCUGAAUCUUAUAAUCUCUGGGACUUUGUCAUCCUCCUACAAUGCUGUUAAUAUCUCAAGAGGAGAGCAGCAGGAUGUGGCUCCAUUAUUCUCCUUUGUCAUCAUCCAAAACAUGUUAUCUCACCUCUCACUUGGAACUACACCUGGUUUAUCACCAGCCAAAACAAAGAGCUACGGAUGGAUGUGCACAAAAGCAGCUUUAUGGCAAUUAUUCCAUUACAGCUGAUGACUGUUUUGUGUGUGUAUCAGCACACCUCAGCGCUUCUGGGUUUUAUUGGAACAGGAUAUGCAGAGUAGGCAGUGAAAGGGAAAUCUUGGUUCUGCAGGCAGUGCUGCUGGGUGCACCCAGGUACAUGGAUGCAGCACAGGACUCCAAUCCCACCCACAGCUUCUGCAACCCAGGUGAGUUGCAUGAGGUGCUGCAAGAACAUGACUUAUGUAGGGAGCCCUCCUGCAGGCCUAGGAAAUACAUAUUAAGCAGGAGGACUAAACCCUUUCAAAGAUGGAAUUGGUUCUGCUUUCAUAAUAUUUUUCUUUUCACCCUCCACAAGACUUGGCACAGCCUGAUGUGCUACAAAGCACCCUUUUUUCUCCUUACUCAGAACAUCUUGAAUUAAUUCUUGGCAAAGCUGUCUAACUCUGUGUGUAGAUAGGAACAAACUCCAGCCAAGCUGGGUCCUCCUGCAAGGCCACUCACCUGGUUCUCUGCUCCAGGACUUUGUGAGUGCACAGAUUUCCCCUGUGUCCUGUGGCAGAUGGGUGGAUGUGGUACAGCAAAGGCACCGAUGUCAGGAGCCACACACGCAGCUGGGAAAUGCAGGUGUUUAGAAAUGACACAGAGAAAUGCUUUUGUAGACCAUAAAGGCAACUGAAAAUGCCCAGCAAGAGAGUGCUCAGAUCAGCAUGUGCACAGUCAGAUUUCACAGCAUGAAGGUGCACAGUGAGCUCUGCACUGCCAUCUCAGUAGCUCCUCUCAAGAGAGGCAAUAUCUGGAAAUAGCCGGAGGUUUGGGAAGGUGACCUGAACUUCCACAUCUUCCAGAAGCAUGGAGAUUCCCUAGCUGCCUGUGAGUCACAGAACACUUUCUGCUGCACCUUAGUCCCUGACCACCCCUGCUGCCAUCAGGGGUUGUGUGCUAGAUGAAUAUCAAUCAAGAUGUAUGUGCCAAUUUAAUAUUCUCCAAACUGUGUCUCCCCUUCAGGCUUCUCAAAGUGCUGGAUCCAUGCAGCAACCUGCACAGGCUGGAGCCCGAAGCACCUGCUUGGAGUGGGAGAGGAAUCCUUCCAGGAAAUGGGUGUAAUGUGAAAAUGCAUUUCCAUGCACCCUAUCGACCCUCUGAAGGCACCAGCACCAUCAGCAUGGCUGUGGUGCUCGGGGCCCUCCUUCUUUACUUACUGUAACCCAAUUGAUUUUAGUGGGCACUCGCUGCCUGGUACAUUUUAAAGUCUAGAUUUUAAGGAUCAUAAGUAAGAACAUAAAGCACUGUCAAAUAUUUCUGGGGUUUAUGACUGAGCUGGAGAGGAAACUUAAUAUCCUUUUAGCAAUUUAGCUCAGCUAACAUUUUAAAAAAUCUAUUUGUCUGAAGGGGUAGAAAGAAAAUCAGGAGGGCAGAAAAUGUAAUAAUCACUGAAUUUGCUUCUGGAUUUUUUCCCUCUAUUAUCCAAAACCGAGUGUUAUUGCCAAAGUUUCUGACUUCCUCUCAGAAACUGUACACUGUCUCUUCCAUGGCCAGUGCUGAAAUAUAAUGCAAAUGUGAGCAGUUAACAUACCUGAAGAAAACAAAAUCAGAUUGCUGUAGUAACUCAGUGACGUUUCCCCCCCACCCUACGUUACAAAGCACUGCUAUUUUACAGCAACAGAAAUCCUUUUGGAGUUUUGUAGCUGACUCAGAGCUGCAAGAAGAAGAGAAAAGAAGAGAAACAGAGAGGUAAUUUCCAAAGUGAAAUUAAAUUAACCACAAAAUCAAACAUUUCCAAAUGAUUGGAAUUUUAUUUCAUGUUGGUUCAGAGGCACCUUUUGGAUUUAUGCCAUCUAAAACAAAAAUAUCAAUACACAUUUCAGGACUGAUGAUCUUUUAAUGCUCUGUGUUGCACUUCAGAAGCCAUAAGAAAUAUGAUUGGAUUUUGUAAUGCCUAAAUUAAUAACUAGGAUCUAUUUUGGAAUCUAUUCUUCUAUUAAAACAAGAAAUAAUAGAGUUUGCAUAAUUAUUAAUCUCUUGUAAUAAUCCUCAAUUGUACAAAUUAUUUUUCAGAAACACGAGCAGUUUCUUGCAGACAAGAUGACAUUUACUGGCUUCUUUUUCUUCUGUAUGCUGCUGAACAUGCUAACAGAUGCCCGAUCCAUCCAGGAUGGAGAUGAUCUCUACCAGGAUGCUGCAGCCUUGCCCUACUGGCCCUUCUCAUCCAAUGAUUUCUGGUCCUAUGUGGAAUAUUUCCGGACCUUGGGAGCCUACAACAGGAUCAAUGACAUGGCCAGAGCCUUCUUUGCCCAGUUCCCUUUUGGGAGCCACCUUGGCUACCACGUGCGUGACCACGAGCACUGAGAGCCUUGCUCAGCUGUGCCAGAGCUGCUGCCCAGGUGUUUGGGGGAGCACCUGCCUGCCACUGAACACACCUGGGCCCUCACCUGCUCUGUGACACCACGGUCAUGUGCAGCGUUUUAUGGCUUCAGUGAGUCUCUUUUUUACCAUUUCUUGUAAAGGUGUUUGAGUGACCUGACUGCCAGCAAACCCACCUGCGCUGUGCCUCAGCCACUAAGUGACACUGCAGCCACAUGCAGCAUUUCAGGCUUUAAAUUAAUCCCUUUUUUACAAUUUAUGCUUCUAUGUGACACAAUAAACUUGUUAAUUGCUGCAUGGCUUUGGGAGCUUUUUUUUCACAGGUGAUGCUCUCAGGUUAGUCUCGGGAGACUGCUGUCUGUGCAGAGGAGUUUUGUGUGUACAGGAGUUAUUCAACCGGUGCACCCAGUCUGGGAGCUGGAGGGGCCACCAGUAUCAGUCACACCCACUUUGUUUGCAAGCUGAUGCCUCACUGAGGC